UGAAAUGUCGUUUAUAUAUUCCAAACGACAUAGUUAAAUUUCAAAGUUCGAAACUUUACGCGUGAAAAUCUCAUUCCACCAAGAUCUUCAUCUUCCAAUCGGACCCCUCAAGAUUGGAUGAAUGAGAGUCUUCAGAAUAGAUUGUAAUGGAGGAUGUUCCUGUUGAGGUUAUUGGGGAAAUUUUAUCUAGGGUUGAAACAGCUAGAGAUAUUGUAAUUGCUUCAGCUACAUGUAGAAAAUGGAGAAAAGCUUUCACAAAACACCUUCAUACCCUUUCAUUCAAUUCCAAUGAUUUACCCUUUUAUGGUGAUUUAACAUCAAGUAAGCAUGAAAUCUUGAUUACCCAAACAAUUUUUCAAACCACAGGUUUACAAAAGCUCUCAAUUUUAAAGUAUUAUGAUAAUGAUGAUGAUGAAUUUUCAGCUUCAGCUCUUGUGGCUUGGUUAAUGUAUACUAGGGAAACACUUAAGCAAUUGUUUUAUAAUGUUAAGACAUCUCCUAAUAUAAAUAUUCUUGAGUUGUGUGGUAGACAACAUCAGUUGGAAAAGUUGGUUUUGGGUCAUAAUUCAAUUAUAGGUGUUGAGCCAAAUUUUCAGAGAUUUCCGUGUUUGAAGUCUCUUUCAUUGGGGCAUGUUAGUAUUUCGGCUUUGGAUUUGAAUUAUUUGCUUGCUGCUUGUCCGAAGAUCGAAUCUUUGGAGCUUGUUGCACCCGAAAUCCUGAUUUCGGAUCCUCAAGUGACUGUUGAAUUGGCUAGUUCUAAGUUGAAGAAUGUUUAUGUUGAAGGGAUUAGUUUGGAGAAGUUUAUUUUGGAAGCAGAUUGUAUUGAGCGUUUGCAUUUUAAGGAUUGUGUUAUUGAUGUUUUUGAACUUAUUGGAAAAGGGACUUUGAAGCAUUUUGAGGUUGAUAAAGUUACUAUAAUACAUUUUGAAAUUGGUGAUACUCAUGAAAAUCUUGAGAUUGUUGAUAUUAGUAGCUUCACAAUCAUAUGGCCGAAUUUCCAUCAGAUGAUUACUAGAUUCACGAAAUUGAGAAGGCUUCGGUUAUGGGAUAUAGAUUUCGGGGAAGAAGAUGAGAUAGUGGAUUUGGAAACCAUUGCUGUCUGUUUUCCUCAGCUGAGAUCAUUGAGUUAUGACUUGAAAGAAUGGGUGCUUCUCCAUGGUUUGCAAGGGGAUGUAGACUUGGAGAAUCUUGUUGUUGUGGAGCUAAGAUGGACAACACUUACCGAUUUGUUUGUACAUUGGGUUGAAGGGGUACUAAACCGUUGUCCUAAUCUUCAGAAGUUGGUAAUAUAUGGGAUUGUUUCGGGGGCUAAAACUCGUGAAGAAUGUCAGAUACUCGCCAACUUUACAACAUCCAUUGUUCAGCUCAUGAGAAGAUUUAUACAUGUUGAUGUGCAGUUCGAGUAUGAGUAGAGAAAUAUGUUAAACUCUCUUCGAGUACGAUUUUGAGAAGCGCAUGUGCAGAGGUAACUACAUGAUUGUUUGUGGAUUUUGUUCUUAUGUUUUGAUUCAUUUUCUCAGUUUUUGAUCACCACAUUUGUAAUGGUACUUGUACUGUUACAGUAUAAAUUUGUUUAUUUGUUUUGGUCUUUUUGGAGUAAUUGUUUGUUGUAUUGUCAUUAAACAUUAUUACUUUUUAAAAAGAUGAGAUUGGGAUUUCAGUUU